GCUCCACGGGGCGCGUGCCCGGGUGGCCUUGACCGGGUGACCUUGGCUGAGCACUUCCGAGACGAGGAGGGCCAGGACUUACUGUUGUUUAUUGACAACAUCUUCAGAUUUACGCAAGCCGGUUCCGAGGUUCGGACGCGAAGCAGUUAUCAGUUUGAAGGGCGAGGUGGCCGUUUUACUGUAAAGCUAAGCCUUAGGAGUAAUCUCAAGGCCGUAUACGUCCCGGCAGACGACCUCACAGACCCGGCUCCGGCUACGACCUUCGCUCACUUAGACGCGACCACGGUCCUCUCGCCCGCCAUCGCGGAGCUGGGUGUGUAUCCGGCGGUGGACCCCCUGGAUUCGACCUCGAGAGUGAUGGAUCCUAACAUCAUCGGGGUUGAGCAUUACGGCAUCGCCAGGGGCGUGCAGAAAAUACUGCAGGAUUACAAAUCGCUACAGGACAUUAUCCUCGGCAUGGAAGAGCUGUCCGAAGAUGACCAGCCAGAGAUAGCCAGAGCCAGGAAGAUACAGAGGUUCCCUUCGCAGCCGAUCCAGAUUUUAGGCGCGAGUUGGAUCACAUUCCGGAGGCUGCCUUCUACAUGGUGGGCACCAUAGAGGACGUGAUCGCCAAGUUGUCACAGGAACUCUCCAAAAGCGUGUAGAGUCGAACUGUUUUAUAAGUUAUUUUAU